AGCCAAAUAAGGCCGACCAGGAUGUUUCGACGGCCGGUGCUCCGAAGCUGUGGCGCACGACCUAGAGUAUGGGUCGCCCCGCCUGCCACUGCUAGGGCAUUCACACCCACUGCGAGGUCCUGUCGGUCAGACCCGACCCAUCCAGCCUCGGAGCCAGACGCUUCGAGACCUCUGGCGUUUGCAUUCGACAUUGAUGGCGUGCUGAAGGCGGGCAACACCGUCCUGGACGCAGCCCGACGAGCGCUUGCCAUCCUCGAAGGGAACAACCCGCUGGGCAGACGCGUCCCGUACAUCUUCAUCACAAAUGGCGGAGGUCCCUCCGAGGUGGACAGGGCCAAGAACCUCAGCAAGAACUUUGGGUUAGAGGUCAAGCCAGACCAGGUCAUUCAGGCGCACACCGUGCUUCAGUCGCUCACGAAGCGGUUUGGGAAUAAGCCCGUGCUCAUGAUUGGCGGGCCAGACUAUCCGCCGGGAGCAUCGCGGACGGUCAUGAAUGGCUAUGGUUUUGAAGACGUCUACACCGCCCAUGAUGUGCACGCCUGGGCGCCCUCGUCCUGGCCCUUCUCACGAGUGCCUGAGGCGCAGAAGGCAGCGCUCCGGCAUGCCGAUUUUUCAAAGGUCAAAUUCUCUGCCGUCCUUGUCUUUCACGACAGUCGAGACUGGGGCCGAGAUAUCCAGUACAUCUGCGAUGUUCUGCGGUCACCGGCUGGCACAUUCGGCGUUGUGGGCGACGAUACCCAUCCUCAACCAUUUCUGGCAUUCACCCAUGCCGAUCUUCUGUGGGGGAACGACUUUUCAGCGGCGCGCUUUGGCCAGGGUGCAUUCCAGACUGCCGUUCGAGCCGUCUACGAGGAGACGAGUGGGCGCAAGCUGGAAGCAACGACGUUCGGCAAGCCGCAACAGCUAACGUACGAGUACGCCAACGAGCUCGUCAAGAACCAGCUCAGCGUCGCCGACGACGUCCGACCCAGCGUCUGGAUGGUGGGCGACAAUCCGGCUAGUGACAUUGCCGGCGCAAACAACUUCGGAUGGAAGUCGGCUUUGGUGCGGACAGGUGUCUAUCGAGACGCGGCAGGUCCGCCAGCCCACAAGCCAACAGUGCUUGUUGAUGAUGUAGAGGUGGCCGUCCGCACCGCGCUCAAACGAGAAUGGGGUGUGGACAUGUAGAUGCGCUUUCUGCCUUUUUGUCAAUGCUACCCAUCAUAGAGAGCAGAAGACCUGGCGAGAACCGGUUUGCAUCCCUACUACUACUUCUUCUUGUCCCAAUCUUAUCUAGCGUGGCUGCCGGCGUGGAACACGUGGACCACAUCAGCAUACACUGCAGCUGUCCUACGCCGUCUCGGACGGAGCAAGGUCGGUGGCACGCGGCGCACGCAACUGUGAUGUGCUCUCGCUGCUCAUUCCAUCAGGCGUGGAGAGCCGCAUAAUCGACGCAUCUCGCUAUCAGAUUCGGAAAUGGAAAAGCGGUCGGGCCCGUUGUCAGAUUAUCAACUAGAAGAAGAGCCAUCUCAUCUCAUCUCUCGAGCAGCUCUAAAUUAUUCAGG